AUGAAAUUCAUCGACACCUCCGCCCUCGCUCUUGCGGCAAGCACCCUCAUUUCACCGGCUUCGGCUCACUCCUGGGUUGAGUAUGCCUCCAAACUCGCUCGAAAUGGCACCAUGAUUGGUAAAAUGGGUUAUCCUCGUGGCUUUGUCCCUCGCGAUUCCACCAACCCUCCUUUUGCGGACUCGAUCCCUCAGAACAUUUUGCCCCAGGCAGGCCAAUCCGCUUACUCUGGCCAAGAGAUUCUGAACAAGUACAAACUUGAGAAGAACCCUCAAUUCCCCAUGCUUGAAGCCGCUGCUGGUGACUACAUUGCUAUCAUGCAUCUCGAGAAUGGCCACACCACUCUUCCCGAGAACCAGCCUAACAAACCCAAGAACCGUGGCACUAUCUACUUCUACGGCACCACCAAGCCCAAUGAUGAGGAGAAGCUCUUCGAUGUUCACCUCCGCUGGAAUACAGAGGGCACUGGUGGUGACAAGCGUGGCAAGCUCAUCUCCACUCGCAACUAUGAUGACGGUCAGUGCUAUCAACCCAACAGUGGUCAACUCAGCACUGGACGCUCCACCGAACUCAAGCCCAAGGGCGCCAUCCACGAGAAGGAACUCGCCUGCCAGUCUGAUCUGAAGCUCCCCAGCGAUCUCAAGGCUGGCGAUAUCUACACCAUCUACUGGUACUGGGACUGGCCCGACCUGAACAGCGACAGCAUUGACAUGGAAGCCACCAAGAAUGGCAAGUUCCCCUGGGCUGGAACUUUCAUGCGUGGAGAAAAAGACCCCAACGGCUUCAACAUGGACGCCAUUGCGCGCAACGAGAGUUACUCGAGCGUCCUUGACAUCAAGAUCACUGGCGCCGCGGGUGUCGCUACUAAGGAUCAAAACAUUCUUGAAUACGUCGACGAUCAGAACGUUUACUCUGCCGGUAUCGAGGAGCAGAUGAAGUCCAACUUUCAAGUCGACGUUGACGGCGGCAAGGGUGAAGAUAUGCCUGCUCCUUCAUCCCCUUCAUCUCCUUCAUCUCCUGCUAGCCCUACUGCUACCGCACCAUCCGAUGGAGGAGCUGGAAGUGGCGGUGAUAUCGCUACGGUGACCGUCACAGCGACCGUCAAGCCUUCUCCCAUCAUAAGCACCGUAUAUGUCACUGUUCCUUCCGAGUCUCUUACUGGAGUUGCUCCCGAACCAGUUGAUGGAGAGACCAGCACCAAGACCAUCACUACUACAGCUCUUGUUACCAAAAGCAAGAACCCAUCCGAUGCUGUGCCUACCCCGCCCGCUGCCUCGACUGUCUACGAGACUCUCUAUACUACACGGCCCAAGGAACAGCCCACUGGAGGUAAUCAGCCGCAACAGCCGCAGCCCUCCACGGUCUUCAAGACCAUUGUCACCCAUAUAAAUACACCCUCAUCCAGCGGAGAGGUCAACGCUCCUCCCGCUCAACCCACGUUCCCCGGCGGUCAGUUCCGCGAAGACCCUCCCGCCGAUGGAGGUGCUCCGGCUCAGACCCAGAGCGAUGGCCCUCCCAUCCCCACGCCAUUCCUCCGCCGCCGCCAGAACUGGGUUCUUGGCAACUUUUAG